CGCUUGCGGGGCCUGGCUUGGUGGGGCGCGAGGUUCCGGGCUGGGCCCCGCUCCUCGGGCUGCCGCUGCCUGUGGCCGGGCCGGUUCUGCAGGAGCACCGGCUCCCGGCCCUCAUCACUCGGUGGCGUAGGGGGUGAUUCUCUUCCAGCGUCACCGAGAUCAGGCGUGAGGCCCGUCUGGCAUCUCGGCGUGUGUGCCCUUGCCGCCGAGGAAAAACCCUGUUGAAGGCUAUGCGUCUGUGAACAAAGGAGAAGGGACUGCGGUGAGCAUGUCAGCCCUGAACUGGAAGCCCUUUGUGUACGGAGGCCUGGCCUCCAUCACAGCGGAGUGCGGUACUUUUCCAAUUGAUUUAACCAAGACCCGGCUCCAGAUUCAAGGCCAGAAGAAUGAUGCAAACUUUAAAGAAAUCAGGUAUCGAGGAAUGUUGCAUGCGUUAGUGAGGAUAGGCAGAGAGGAAGGCCUGAAAGCACUGUAUUCAGGGAUUGCUCCUGCGAUGUUGCGCCAGGCUUCCUAUGGCACCAUCAAGAUAGGCACCUACCAGAGCUUGAAGCGGUUAUUUGUCGAGCGCCCAGAAGAUGAAACUCUUCUGAUAAAUGUGGUCUGCGGAAUUCUCUCUGGAGUCAUAUCCUCAACCAUUGCUAAUCCAACUGAUGUUUUGAAAAUUCGGAUGCAAGCACAAAAUAGCACCCUUCAAGGAGGAAUGAUAGGCAACUUCAUCCACAUCUACCAGCAGGAGGGAACAAGGGGACUUUGGAAGGGCGUGUCCCUUACAGCUCAGAGGGCCGCUAUUGUUGUUGGUGUGGAGCUGCCGGUCUACGACCUCACCAAGAAGCAUCUGAUUCUCUCCGGCUUGAUGGGAGACACUGUGUAUACCCAUUUCCUCUCAAGCUUCACCUGUGGGCUGGCAGGGGCCCUGGCCUCAAACCCUGUCGAUGUGGUGAGAACACGUAUGAUGAAUCAGAGAGUCCUUCGAGAUGGCAGAUGCCCUGGCUACACAGGUUCCCUGGAUUGCUUGUUACAGACAUGGAAGAAUGAAGGGUUUUUUGCUCUGUAUAAAGGGUUUUGGCCAAAUUGGUUGAGACUUGGUCCUUGGAAUAUUAUUUUCUUUGUGACAUAUGAGCAGUUGAAGAAGUUGGAUUUGUGACAAGUCAAGACUGCAUGAGACAUCCCGCUGAAAAUGCUCACGUCUGAAAUAGCGAAGCUUCCUGUCUUUCCCACUGCUUCUCACUGCUUGGCCCGCCACAGAUUCUGAGGUGUGAGCAACAGGUGAAGACUGGGUUAGCUCGGAUUGCUGUGUCCUGGCAUCGGACGCUCUGCACCAGAUGUUUAAUGGCAUAGACUGUAACAUCCAAACACUAGUCCUUACCAUUCAAGUGCCCUUCAACAUCAAAGAUAACAUGAAAUGCAUGUUUCUUGCUAAAGAAAACUUGCAUGAAGAUCAGGAACUGUGGACUGAUUCCCUCAGGGGAGAAUAACUCCUGAUGCAUCUCAACUCAUAGCUGAGACUCCCAGACUGUUCGAAAGAAGCUCUUCGGAACCAUGGGAUGAAUAGAGCCUCCAAGAGGGUGUUACUGUUCCUGAACUUCUGGGGGGGCUUUGGCUUCUUGUCUGCUGAAGAAAUUCACACAUGGAGACCUGGUAUACCCCAGGUAUAAACAGUGCAGGAUAUAGAUCCCUGGAAUAUUGCACUGCUUUCUAAUUUCCAAUUUUGGCAGGAUCUUUCACUUAUAAUAAGUGAUUUUUAAGCCUUUGACCACUCGACCUUUGUGAGGAAUUGUUACAAAGUAUUAAUAUCUAAACUCAUGAUGGUGUGAUAGGUUGGCUUGGAAGGUGGCAAAGUCUGUGCUGGUGGGAGGUGUUUUUAAGCUACUUGGGUUCUGUCUUAAGUAAUGUUUGUAAUUUGCUCUGUGAUUUUAGCAAAGUUUCUAUUUCCCAAUCUGUAAAAUGGGGAUAAUAACAUCUAUUGAUAUUGAGGGUCAGGUGAAGAAGAUAGGAGCUGCUACUACUUGACUUGUAGGAUUAGUGUGUUUACCUCAUGCUGUCAUACAGCCAUCAUCCCAGGAUAAAUGGUCCGUGUGUAUGGAAGAGAGUCAUUUUAUCAUGGGCUUCUCCUGAGUGAGAUCCUUUGUUAAAAGCCUUGUGAAAGAAAGGUUAAGGUUCUGUUACAUUUUCCAUAGCAAAAUGUUGCAAGUGAAUCAAAGAGUUGAUUAUUCCAGAUUUCCCGGGUUUUACUUUAGUUCUGGUCACAUUUGUCAAAAUACUUCCUGUCUUGGACUUACUAAUCAGUUUGGAAUGAAAGUACUUGCUUGAAA